AUGAGCCCAGAGGAGGUGACGUUCAAAGAGCUACGGAAAGGAACCGGCACGAGAAAAGACGGCUAUCGAAAGAUUAAAUUCUGCGAAGCGCGAGCGAUUGGCCAUGGAUUAGAGUAUUCCUGGGUCGAUACCUGCUGCAUCGAUAAAUCAAGCAGCGCGGAACUCUCGGAAGCUAUUAACUCGAUGUUUCGUUGGUACCGGGAUGCGGCGAAGUGUUAUGUAUACCUCUCCGAUGUGAAUGCACUCAGAGGUGAGGUAACCGACCAGUUGUCAUGGGAGCCGGCCUUUCGCAAGAGUAGAUGGUUCAAACGAGGCUGGACGCUUCAAGAGCUUCUUGCCCCGCGAUCGGUAGAAUUCUAUUCGGUCGAGGGGACGCGACUGGGCGAUAAAGAGUCGUUGCAGAGCCAGAUUCAUGAGAUUACCGGAAUCCCUAUUCGAGUUCUUCAGGGAUACCCACUGUCGAUAUACACCGUUGAUGAGCGAAUACUGUGGGCAAAACACCGCGAGGUCCUGCGCGAAGAAGACGCAGCGUACUCUCUUCUCGGUCUUUUUGACAUCCACAUGCCUCUGAUUUACGGUGAAGGGCGGCAGAAAGCCCUGCAUCGGCUACAUAAGGGGAUCCACGAGAUGCAAGGAAAGGUAGAAUAUGGCUUUAUAGAAGGUAAGCUGUCAAGAAUGACGAAUGAAAGGCCCCGAGCUUCUUAAUGGGAGCUGGUAUAAUAAUUGCUUUGGUAUGAUCUCGAACUCC